CGCCAUCGACGAUCGCAUCGGAAAUCUCGCACCGGCUGUCGGACGUGUAAAGGACGUCGCGUCAAAUGCGACGAGACAAGACCGCAGUGUCGCCGCUGCCAGACCUACGGCAUCACCUGCGACUUUAUCCCGGGGUCCGUCGACCGCCGCCUUGUCACGACGCCUCAGACGUCACCGCGGCGGAAUGACGCCCUGGCGUUCGACGCGAUGUCCGCCAACGUCAACGCCGUCCUGCGGAGCGAUCGGCCUCCGUCGACCUUUACUCGGUCGACUCGGUCGCUGGGCCUGGCGACCCUAGCCCAUUUUGUACAGAUGGUCGGGGCGCGCCAGACGGCCUACGCGCCGAUCAAACAAGUCUUGCGGGACCGAACCAUUCCGCUGGCGUUGACGGAACCUUGCUUGUUGCAUGCCAUGCUCGCGGUCGCCAGCACCCACCAAGCCAAUCUCAUGCCCGGCGACUCGCAACAAAACGUCGUGGCGACGCGUUUUCGCCAGGUGGCCGCUCACAUGUACCGCGGAAAGCUGCAGGAUCCAAUUACCCGCGCUAAUAUGGACGUCCUUCUGACGACCUGCAUGCUUAUCGCCAUGUUCUCCUUCUCCGCGCCCAACGUGCGCCCCCGCGACUCGUGGAUCUUUUCGGACGACCCGGGCGCCUUGAACUGGCUGCUCAUCCAGGGCGGACUGGCCUGUCUGAUUGAUUGCAUCAAGCCGUGGAUGGACGAGAGCAUCUGGCGCGAUGCUUUCCUCGUCAGCAGCGCCUACGAGCUGUACGACGACCAUCGCAUGGGGCGCGAGGAUCUCGACGCGGGCUUGGCCGACCUCUGUGACAUCUCGGACACGACGACCGAAGAAACGAAUCCGUAUCACUGGCCGCUGCGCAUGCUAAGCCCCUUGUUGCGCGUCCCCGUCAGCAAGCUCGAGGCGAGUCGGGUUUCGAGCUUUAUGGGCCGACUGCCGCCGGAGUACCUGCGCCUGGUGCGGGCAAAGGAGCCGCGGGCGCUUCUUCUCCUGGCCUACUGGCUGGGCGUGAUGUGCUCCGCCCUCUGCAUGUAUCUGGAAGCUUCGGACGAUCGACGCGUCCUUGAGUUGCUGGACUUUCCAGCUUCGGCAUGUGGGUAUCGG